CUGUGAUCUCAGGUUGGCAACUGCCGCAAAAUAUCUGGCGGGUCCCAUUUCACGCAUAGCUGCUUAUUUGUGUUGCCUUAACCAAUUCAAUGGAGACCUUGAGAAAGCAAAAAAUGAGCUGAAGACAAGACUAAAGGAAGUGAGUGAGCGUAAGGAACAAGCUGCUGGAAGAACUGAGGAAAUAACGCUGCCUGUGAAGAACUGGUUGGAUUAUGUGGAGACUAUUCUAGCGGAUGUGCAAAAGCUGGAACGAGAGGGUUGAAGGAGGAGCAAAGAAAUGCUUCCACGUGUCACUCAGGUAGUCCUUAGCCAAACAAAUGGACGAUAAGGCUAAGCAGAUGAUAAAGAUCAAAAACGGUUGCCACUUUGAGCCGUUUUCCUUUUCCGCCCAAGUUCCUGGCAUCGCUUACUUCUCUUCCAAAAAUUUUGUGGAUUUCAACUCGAGGAAAUCCACUAAUAAUCAUCUUUUGGAGGCAAUCAAAGAUGGCAAGAACCAGAUGAUUGGACUAUAUGGAAUGGGGGGGGGUAAAACCACCUUGGCAAGGGAAGUGGGUAAGAAAGUGGAUGAAUUGAAGCUUUUUGAAAAGUUCAUCAUGGUGCUUGUUUCAAAACCUCCAAAUGUUUGCAAAAUUCAACAGGAUAUAGCAGAGCAAAUAGGUUUGGAACUUAAGGAGGAAUUGCAAUCUAAUAGAGCACAGAGACUGUCUUUAGGAGUAGAAAAUAAGAAGAUUCUCAUAAUCUUGGAUGAUGUGUGGAGCACUCUAAAUCUUGAAGAAAUUGGUAUUCUUCCAAAUGAAAAUCGUUGUAUUUUGUUAACCACUCGCCUCAAAGAUGUAUGUGACUCUAUGCGUUGUGGAAGUAUAAUUGAAUUAUCUCUCUUAGAAGAGGAGGAAGCGUUGACUUUUUUAAAGAUGCGUGCAGCCAUAACCAGUGAUUCAUUGAAUGACUUUGAUGGCGUGGGAAGGAAUAUUUGAUGAGUGCAAGGGACUUCCUAUUGCCAUUGAGAUGGUGGGAAAAACAUUAAGAGGAAAAAGUAUUGUCGAGUGUAACUCAACAUUGCGAAAGCUAAAAAGUUCCCCAGCAUUAGAUAUUGAUGAGGGUUUAAGGGGUCCUCAUAAAGUUCUCGAAUCGAGUUAUGAUAAUUUGCCAAGUCUGCUAGCCAAGUCGCUCUUCUUAUUAUGCUCUAUGUUUCCUGAGGAUCAUAAAAUCCAUGUAGAGGAUUUAAUUCGAUUUGGCAAGGAGACUCUGGAGCUUGAGGAGAUUGCGUACACAAUGGAAGAUGCAAGGAGUGAGAUUUCAGUAAGCAUUAACACAUUAUUAAAUUCAUCUUUGUUAAUGCCGACAGGUGAGCAAGAAUGUGUAACAAUGCAUGACUUUGUUCGAGAUGUAGCUUUGUGGAUUGCAAAGAACUAAUGUCAAGUAAUUAUGGUGGAAAGCCAUGUGGUUUCAAAAACAUUGGUUGAAAAUAAAAGUUUGAAAGACACAAAAGUAAUAUCGUUGUGGAAUUUAGAUUGGAAUUUUAAGCUCUCCAAUCAAUUGCAUUGUCCAACACUGGAAAUUCUUUUACUCCAUCCUUAUGGGUUCAUUGAUGAUCUUGGAGGGAUAGAAGCACUAAAAGUCUUGGCCUUCAUACAAUCUAGCUUUGAAUGGACGUCUAAUAUGAGACAAUAUUGGGGGAUGCAAAAAAUUCAGUGGUUAGAUCCACAAGUAAUUGUGUCAUUAACAAAUCUUCACACCUUAUGCCUUAGAGCAAAAAUAUUGGGUGACAUCUCUUUCUUGGGUGAACUUAAAGGAUUGGAGAUUUUUGACUUGCGUUAUUCUCAAUUUAAUGAAUUACCAACUAGAAUUGUAGAAAUGAAAAGGUUGAAACUUCUAGAUGUGUUUGGUUGUGAAAUUGAGGGAAGUCCUUUGGAACUAAUUGGAAGAUGUGAGUGACUUCAAGAAUUAUACAUUUUUGAUACAAAAUCUGCCAUCCCAGAAAAUUUUUCUCUUCCAAGAUUGGAGAGGUAUGUUAUCUAUGAUUCCACAGGUAGAUUUUAUAGAUAUGCAGCUCCUCUUCUACAAUAUUUUGAUGGUUGUCUUGAAGUAUUAAGAGCUUUAUGUAUACAAGGCUUCAUAGUCUAUGCUCUAGGUUCAUCAAUGAAAGAUCUCAUUCUUAGAGCUAAUUUCCUUUGGUUGGAGAAUUGUCAGUGGGAUCAUAAAGAUCUAAGUUUAAAGAUAAAGCAUUUGGAAAUUUCAUCAUGUCCAGAGAAAAGAUUCAUUGUCAAUAUCUCUGAACUCAACAGUCUCCAAACAAAACAUGUUUUCUCCUACCUGAUUACUUUAAAAUUGAGAGAAAUGAAUUGUCUUGAACAAGUGUUUCAGGAUUCGUCUAACAGCUUCUCUCUCCCGAUGUUACAAGAGUUGUGUAUAGCAUGGUGUCCUGAAUUGAGAACUUGCAUCUUUACACAUACCACUGUUACAAGCCUACCAAAGUUGAGAAAACUUAACAUAAGAUAUUGCAAAAAAGUCAAAUGGCUAUUCCCUUAUUCUCGUGUUUGCCAUUGUCCUUCACUAGAGAAAUGGCGAAUACAUGAUUGCUCCGAACUUGAGAGGCCCAUUGGUGGAGAUGGUGAUGAAGACAUAGCACAUGAUGAUCAAUCACAACGUCAAGGAGAGUCCCUUUAUGAUAUGCAAGAUUUUUUACAUGGGAAUGAGAGUGAGAGAGUACAAUGCUUCAAUCAGUUGCCAGAUCAGAAGCCCUUGACCCCCUUCCUAAAUUUGAAACGUGUAAAGAUUUCAUUAUGUGAAAGAAUGAAAGGUAUAUUUGAAGUCCAAGUGAGAGAAGCACAAGAUCCUAAUUUGAGGCUGAAUUCAGAGUUGUGUAAAUUAAGAUUACAAGAACUACCAGAGUUAGAAUAUAUUUGGAAGGGCCCUACACAAAUUGUGAGCCUUCAUAGGCUUGAAGUUGUUUUGUUGGAUGUGUGCCCACGAUUGAAAAGUGUCUUUUCUCUUGCUAUCCUUACAAGCUUCCUAGAGUUGAGGACACUUGAAGUAGUGAAUUGUAAAGAAUGGGAGCGACUCUUUUGUGAAGAAUCACUUAAAAAUCUUUCUUAUAAUGUUUGCUUCCCCAAACUUAAGGCGAUUCUUAUAAAUUAUUGCAACACAGUGAAAAGGUUGUUCUCUUAUUCUCUGGCUUCUCUUUGUCCUCCACUAGAGGUGCUCAACAUAAAAGAUUGGUGUGAACUUGAUAUGCUUGUUGAUGGAGAUAGUGAUGAAGAAGCAGCAAUUGGGGAUCAGCUACCGCUUCUCCAACUAGAGCAAUUAUAUCUGGUAGACUUGCCAAAAUUGAGGGAGAUUUUUAGAGGAGAAUUUGAGUACAAGCUGGAGUCCCUUCAUGAUCUACACAAAAAUGAGAAUACGAGAGUAGGGGCAGUGGAUUCAGAAUUAUGUCUAAUGGAAUUACGUAGACUACCAGAGUUGGAAUUUAUUUGGAAUGUCCCCACCCAAAUUAUAAGCCUUCAUAGGCUUGAACAAGUUCGGUUGGUAAGUUGCUCGAGAUUAAAAAGUAUCUUCACUCUUGCUACAAUUUCAAUUCUUCCAGAGUUGAGGACACUUGAAGUGAGAUAAUGUGACGAAUGGAAGGGAAUAUUUGUAAACAAUCACUUAAGAACAUUUCUUCUACUUCUUCCAUUGUUUCCCCAAACUAGAGAUCAUUGGUAUAUCGAACUACCACAAAGUGAAAAGACUGUUCUCAUAUUCUCUAGCAUCUCAUUGUCCGUCACUAGAGGAGAUAACUAUACAUGAUUGCUCUCAACUUGAGGGUGGUGUUCAAGGCUAUGAAGGUGAACAAGUUUCUGGUUGUCAUGGUCAUGAAAAGUUGUUCCCUAAACUGAAUAAAUUAGAACUCACAUGGUUGCCAAAGUUGACAGAGAUUUGCGCAGAUCUUGAAUUCAAUCUCCUAUCCGGUAUUAUGGAUAUAAAAGGUUGUCCAAGUAUAUGUAGCAUCCCAUUACAAUACAAUGCCUCACCAGAUUUGGAGUACAAGUUGGAGUCCGUUCAUGAUAAACUGGGGUGUUUACAUGUUCUGAAGGUGAACAAGUUACAGGUCAUGAUCAUCAAAAGCUAUUUCCUAAACUAAAUCGGUUGAAUCUCAUAGUUGCCAAAGUUGAGAGAGAUCUAUGCAGGUUAUGAAUUCAGCCCCAUAUCAGGUACUUUAAGUAUAAAAGAUUGUCCAAACAAUGCCUUAUCAGGUACCUAUGCAUAUUUUUUUAUCUUAUAGUCUUAUCAAACACGUAAUGUGCAUGUUACUGUUUUUGUCACCAAUACUUCUGGUAUCUAUAUAAUUGUCUUUAUAUCAAAAUCCAAGAAAUAUAUUAACUAAAUGACAUGGUACAGUAAUAUAAGAGCUUUAAUAAUUGUAUAACACAAAGUAAUUAAUCACCAUUUUCACAUUUUUUAACACAUCAUUCUUAUCAUUACAAAUAGUUAGCUUAAAUUUAAUAUUUAAUGAAAAUUUUGAAAAAUGUGUAGAAAAAAUAAGGCCGUUAGUUUUUAUUUUGUCAAUAUACCAUUGUGGUGUGAUAGUCAAGCUGCUAAUUAAUUAUAUUGUUUUUUUUUUACAGAUUCAUAUAUCAUAUCAGAAAAUUAGAAAACAAAGGGGUGAUCAUGAUGAGCUUUUGAUCUUCUAAUUAAUGAUGUUUUAUCUGUAGUUGUGUUUACUGAGUGGUGUGUGGAGAUGUGUUGGAUUUGUUUAAGUGUGUUGAAGAUUAUACAAAAACCAAAAUGAUGCAUAAAAUUUAGAUAUAUCUUUACUUGAACUUAUGUUUGACUUGAGAUGUAUUAGAAUUAUAGAUGUAAUUGUAUAAUAAUUGUGUGGC